AUGGAGACCCACAAGCUGCAACCGUGGGAAGCGGCCAAAAUACGGGCCAUCUUUUUCUUCGUCGGGCUCCUGUUGAGUCUUCCGUCCCACGUGGUAGUGAAUGUAUCCUUCCUGAUAAAUCGCAUAUACAAUGAAGAUAUUUUCGUCGUGGUAAUGGGCAUCCUAUCUGGGUGCAUGAUCAUCUCCUCUGUAUUUCAGUUAACCUUUGAAAGGACAUCCUUCAAAUCGAUCAUGGUGCUUAAUUCUUUAAACCUAGCCAGUAUGCUGCUCCUCCUAGUAGGCAUAAGCAUUCUAAAAUGUUCAAAGUAUUACGUGUACGUAAUCUGUGGCAUCAUUGGCUUGUUUAUUGGUUUCCUGUAUUCAUCCUCCAUCAAGUACUCUCUUCUUAUGGCGAUAAAAGUGAAUGGCUACUUAAUCACAGGAAUCAGCUUCAGUGCCCUCUUCUUCUUUUUAAUAAAUUUGUUAAUGUCUUAUGUUACUAUUGAAGAUGGAAAUAUCGAGUCAUAUUACAAUGCCAUUUCUUUAUCCAUUGGAACUAUUGUCGUGAUUGAAGUUUUCAUCAUUUUAUUUAUUAUGUAUGUACAAAUAAGCUCUCCUUUCUUUAAAGAACAGCGCAAGAAAAUUGACCUCGAGAUUUAUCACAAUGCUAAUAGGGAUAGGGAGUUGAGCUCCAUUGAACAUGGAAACAUUAAGAAACAGAAUACUGGCUUGUCCACAUUUUCUUCCAAGUCGAGGGAUGCCGGUAUACAUAUGUCUGUGCUCACGUCGUGCAAAGAAAAAAUUAUCAACUUCAAGAAUAUGUUUCAUUUCUCCAACAUCACUGACGGAGCUCGGCUCAUUAAGUACUACUACAACUGCCUCAUCCCUAUAUCCUUUUCCAUUUUCGUCACCUCCAUUGUGUACCCCCACAUAAUUCCCAACAAGCUCGGAAAAGGCGUCUACGUGAGCUACCUGUUCAUAUUUUUGUACCAGCUGAGCGACAUGCUGUUCAACAUCGUCGUGACGGUGUACGUGAACGCCUUUAAUUUCCUGAAGCAAAAGUACGUUGUUAUGCUUUGCAUAAGUAGAGUUAUCCUCUUAGGCAUCGCAUUCAAAAUGAAGAAUUUAGAUGAUGGAAGCUAUAUGCGCUCGAACGUGUUCGUAUCAGUGCUCAUAUUUAUAUUGGGUGCUACCAACGGUUCGUUAAUAAAUCUUAGUUACGCCAGAAUACGUGACUGCUUUGAAGAAUCCAGCACGAAGGAACAGAAGAUCGGCGUGUCUUCUUCCUUUUGCGUCCUCGCUCUGUUGACAAGUUUUGCUAUGGCGCCUUGGUUCUGUAAGGCGAUCAUUGAUUUGUGA